GUGAGGUGAGGUGAGGUGGUGUGUGCGUUGUCCCGCAUCGAGGGCGGAACUGCAUUGCUGUGGCUGGUAAGGUUGGGGCUGGACCAAUCACCCGCGAGAUCGCCGCCACAUCGCUGCGGGGUAAAGCGGCCGAGAAACAGUGGCGUGAGCUUCUCUUCUCUUCACUCUCCCCAUCAGGAAAUCUUGAUGCUUCACUGAUCCUCCAAAUACAUCAUCUUUCAAGCAAUCAGAAUUUAUUGUAUAUUGUAAUUCACUUACCCCGCUUCACUCUGCAUAGUCAUCUCAGACAUUUUCACAGAGAAAGAUUCUGAUCACCAUCCGACGAAACUGCGGCCGAAAGAGAAUCUGGAUAUCCUCGGCACCACAGACCACCUCGUAUUCCCCAGCUCACCUGCCACAUUAUCACGAUGUACGAGAGCACUAUUGCCUUCACGCUCGACACCAUUUGUCCCUGGACAUAUCUAGCGAAGAAAAGACUUGAUGAAGCUCUCCGCAGAGUCCGCGCCACAGACGCCUCCUCCAAAGUAAACUUUAAGAUGGUCUACUACCCCUACCAGCUCUAUCCGGAAGCCACCCAAGAAGGCGAGCCAAAAUACGAGUGGUACAAGAAAUCCAAAUAUGGCGACUCUGAAGAGAAAAUGCAAAUGUACACAACCCUCAUGACAGCCUACGGCGCCUCGGCCGGCAUCUCCUACAAAUUCGGCGGUACCGUCGCCAACACGCUGCAAGCACACCGCGUGAUCCAAUUCUUUCAGGAAGAGGUGGGAGCGGAAGUGGCCGAUAAGUUGAUCAACUCUCUGUACCGCCAAUACUUCGAAGAAGAAAAGCACCCUUCUUCCGAGGAGACGCUUCUGGCUGCUUGUGUUGAAGCAGGCAUCCCCGAAGCAGAAGCUAAGAAAGUAAUCUCGGACAAAGACGAGGGGCUCCGUGACACAAAAAUGAAGAUACAAGAGCAGGCCAGUAACGGGGUCGAUUCCGUCCCGUUUGUGGUGUUUGAAGGCAAGAGAAGGGAUAUCACGAUUCAGGGAGCGAAUGAAGUAGAGGAUUACGUCAAGGCUUUGGAGAAGAUUGUUAAGGAGAGUUCAUGAGCUGUCCUUGGGUGGUCGGAAGGGGGCUAGCGGGAGGAGAAAAAAAUGGACGAUUUUGACAAAUUCAGCGGACAGCAGAAAAUCAGUAUUUACUAGACAGCAAAUUAACUUCUUUUCUCUCUACGA